GCACUGUUCACCAUCUUCUUGCCCAUAAUGUAAUUUUUAUAAAAUUUCCCACAAACUCUUGUUUUCUCUGAGGAAACAGCUUUUCUCCGUGACAUAUCUUGCUGUCUAUAUCCAACUAUGCUCUUUCUCAGCUCCCAGUUGGCCCUACCAUAGGUUACCUUUGCACUGUUCUUCACUGGCAUCUGGGCUGUCACCAUGGUCCUCAAAACCAUAAGUUGCUUUUGGUGAUUUUUUUCAUACAAUGAUAGUCAUUUAUGUAUCUAUGUUUGCUGUCCACCAUGCCAUGUGGGGAUGAUCUGUAGUGUGCAUGGUUCACACUGGCUGACUACACACUGGCUAUGGUGGGAACAUUUUUAUUUUUUGAGACAGAGUCUCAUUGUGUUUUCCUGGAUGGCUUAGAGCUUGCUAUAUAGACCAUGAUGGUCCCAAACUCCCAGAAUCUUCCUGUCUCUGCCUCCCAAGUGCUGUGAUUAAAUAUGUGUGACACCAUCUCUUGAUAUGGGAUCAUUUAUGUGUCACCAGCACAUGUUCUUUACCUCUCCAUAGGUCUGUUUAUCAGGACAGCAUAGCUCUGAUCUGAGAAGCAGAUAAGACCUCUCUUUGGGUGGGGCCCACACUGUGGAGUGCCAGAAUAGAGACUGUGACUCACAAAGGGCUUGCUGUUAUGGUUUGGGAGAAGACUAUUAUAUAUGUGUAAAUCAUGAUAUUAGAUAAACUCAGUUUAAUGUAGCCCUGUUUCUGGGACUCUUCAUGGAUGAUGGAUUUAUGCCCCUUUGGCUCAAAAUUCCUCAGCUCGAAGUACCCUUGGCCUUGGGCUACCCCAUAGCUUAGGCAGAGCUCUUAAAAUGACACUUGUUAUCCGGGAGGCUGAGGAAUGGUUGUUCCAAGAUUAUCUGAGGAGCUUAGAUUAGAAUAAGUGAGAUCCAGUGAGACCUGUUGGAGGUCUAUAAAAUUUCCGGUGUCCUGAAUUUAACCCUAGCUCUUAGGAGAAAUAGAUUUAAUAAUUUUCCUUCAGCAUCCUUGAAGGGACUGAUAAACAUUCCAGUUUAUAUUUUGGUGCAGUUCAACAUCCAUUAUAGGACCCCAGAGAGGCUUUGCUGAGGAAGGAGUUGGGGGAAGGCUGUGAUCAAUAUCUCAGAGACAUCAGUGGGCUGGUUAGAGUUGUCCUAAAUGUACCCUUUUCUUUCUUUCUUUUUAUUAACUUGAGUAUUUCUUAUUUACAUUUUGAAUGUUAUUCCCUUUCCCGUUUUCCGGGCCAACAUCCCCCUAACCCCUCCCCCUCUCUAUAGGUGUUCCCCUCCCCAUCCUCCCCCCCAUUACUGCCCUCCCCCCAACUAUCACGUUCACUGGGGGUUCAGUCCUAGCAGGACCAAGGGCCUCCCCUUCUACUGGUGAUCUUACUAGGCUAUUCAUUGCUACCUAUGAGGUCAGAGUCUAGGGUCUUUGGGUAGUAGCUUAGUUCCUGGAAGCUCUGGUUGCUUGGCAUUGUUGUUCAUAUGGGAAUGUACCCUUUUCUUAAAUGUUCACCUUUAUUCAUCUGGGGUCAUUCGUCUUUGAGCCAUAGUCAGCUCCUGCCCAGAGGACAGGUGAGUACAAGAUUCCUAUCACCCACAUAGGGGAAGGGAGUCAGUUCCUUUAAAGACAGAGUAGUUAAAUCAUGGUGCUCUAACCUGUGAUUUUGACUCUUCCCAGAAUUGGGAUCUUAGGUGCGUGUGUCUUGUGUUUGAACCCUCAGAGCCUCCAAAAUGCCUACUGAGAGGUGGCCAUCAGCCAGCCCUCAGCUCUUUACCUGCUCCAUCUCCUUGUGUCUCUGAUUCUGGCUUCAGUUACAUGCGAUCCAAGACCUGACCAAGGGAUUCAAAGACUUUGCUUUUGAGUGCUGAAAAGCAUACCCAAACAUCCAUGUCUGUCUAUGAACUCCUGUAAUUGUCUAAGAGCAUACAUGAACAUCUAUGACUGUAUGAGCACACAUGGGCACCAAGUGUUAGGGAAAGAAGGGUCACUUUAGCUUUGGCUUUCCUCCUAUUUUAGAGGAGACUCUGGAGGCCUGGAGGCCUUGUCAACCACUCACUUAUGCCCAACUCUAGGAGACAUUGGCAGAUGAAGGUGCACAUGAAUUUUCAGUGUGCCCUAAGUACUCCUAUAUGCUCACGAGAUUCUCAUUUGUUCAUUUUUUUUUUUUUUGAGACAGGGUUUCUCUUUGUAGGUCUUGCUGUCCUGGAACUCACUCUGUAGACCAGGCUGGCCUUGAACUCGUAGAGAUCCAUCUGCCUCUGCCUCCCAAGUGCUGGGACUACAGGUAUGCACCACCAUGCUCAGCUUCUCACAUGUUCUUAUAAGUGGGCAUCGAUGCUAGUUAUACUCCUAGGUGCUUUGUGUGCUCACAGAUUACCCUGGGAGGCUCAAGACUGAUCAAGACUGAUCUCAUUACAGUAUCUGAAGCUGGCUGGAUCUCAUGUCACUCUGCUUGAUGUUUCCUGUUUCUGUGUCUAAGGAGUUUCCAGUUUCUGUCCAGAUGGCGCUGGCAGCUUUAUACUCAGGCUUAGAGCUGGCUGGGAAGGUACAGGCCCACCUGGCUGGAGACCUUUUCUGUACUUUUCUGAUUGUCCUACCCCAGGAUGUACUGGUUCAGGACAUGUGCGGGGCAAGUACUCCAGACAUCGAAGCUUACAGAGUUGCCCUCUGGCCAAGAAGAGAAAACUGGAGGAUGCUGAGACUGAGCACCUGGUAUCCAAGAGGAAGUCACACCCUCUGAGGCUGGCUCUGGAUGAGGGCUACCGCAUGGACAGUGAUGGCAGUGAGGAUGCCGAAGUGAAGGACGCCUCUGUUUCAGAUGAAUCAGAAGAACCCCUGGAGGAGGCUGAGGCUGAGAUGUCAGGACAGGAGGAGAUUCAUCACCCACAGACAGCUGAAGGAAAAAGCCUGAUCAAGCCCCAUUUUGGCUCCAACCCCACAAGCAGCCCUUCUGGCUUCUCCAAGGGCAGCUACAGUAGCUAUCAGGGCAUCAUUGCAACUUCCCUCCUAAAUCUGGGCCAAAUUGCUGAAGAGACCCUUGUGCAGGAGGAUUCAGUCUCAGUAGCUAAGUUGGGCCCCACUGUUGUUCACCAGCUUCAGGAUGAGGCUGCAAUGGUGGCCAACAGUGAUGAGGGUGAAAAGGACCUCUUUAUACAGCCAGAAGAUGUGGAGGAGGUCAUUGAAGUCACCAGUGAACGCUCCCAGGAGCCAUGCCCUCAGUCUCUGAAGGAUAUGGUUAAUGAAGAGUCAAGCAAACAGAAAGGUGUCCUAGGUCAUGAGGAGGAGGAAGAGGAAGAGGAAGAAGAGGAGGAGGAAGAAGAGGAGGGAGAGGAAGGAGAGGAGGAAGAGGAAGAGGAGGAGGAAGAAGAUGAAGAAGAUGAGGAGGAAGAUGAGGAGGAGGAGGAGGAGGAGGAGGAAGCAGCUUCAAAUGUCCUCUUUGGGGACGACACCACUCAUACCUCUGUCCAGAAGGCUUCUUCUGAGUUCCGAGGCCCAGAGCUAUCCAGUCCUAAACCUGAGUACUCAGUCAUCGUGGAGGUCCGUUCUGAUGACGACAAGGAUGAGGAUUCACACUCCCAGAAGUCAGCAGUCACAGAUGAAUCAGAAAUGUAUGACAUGAUGACCCGUGGGAAUCUGGGCCUUUUGGAGCAGGCCAUUGCCCUAAAGGCUGAGCAGGUGCGAGCGGUCUGUGAGUCUGGCUGCCCACCUGCUGAGCAGGGCCAUCUGGGCCCAGGAGAGCCAGGGAAAAUGGCAAAGCCCUUGGAUGUGGUGAGGAAGAGCUGCUACAACAAAGAUCCUUCCAGGGUGGAGAAGCGUGAAAUCAAGUGUCCGACACCUGGCUGUGAUGGCACUGGCCAUGUUACUGGGUUGUACCCUCAUCACCGCAGCCUGUCUGGCUGUCCCCACAAGGAUAGAAUUCCUCCAGAGAUCUUGGCCAUGCAUGAAAAUGUGCUGAAGUGCCCCACUCCCGGCUGCACGGGCCAAGGCCAUGUGAACAGCAACCGCAAUACCCACAGAAGUUUGUCUGGAUGUCCCAUUGCUGCUGCUGAAAAAUUAGCCAAAUCUCAUGAGAAGCAGCAGUUGCAGACAGGAGAUCCUCCCAAAAAUAACUCCAAUUCAGAUCGGAUCCUCAGGCCCAUGUGUUUUGUGAAGCAGCUCGAGGUUCCUCCUUAUGGGAGCUACCGACCCAAUGUGGCUCCCACCACACCCAGGGCCAACUUGGCCAAGGAGCUGGAGAAGUUCUCCAAAGUCACCUUUGACUACGCAAGUUUUGAUGCUCAGGUUUUUGGCAAACGUAUGCUUGCCCCAAAGAUUCAGACCAGCGAAACCUCACCCAAAGCCUUCCAAUGCUUCGAUUACUCUCAUGAUGCUGAGGCUGCACACAUGGCUGCCACAGCCAUCCUGAACCUCUCCACUCGGUGUUGGGAAAUGCCAGAGAACCUCAGCACAAAGCCACAGGACCUCCCCAGCAAGGCUGUGGACAUUGAGGUAGAUGAGAACGGAACUCUGGACCUGAGCAUGCACAAGCACCGCAAGCGAGAAAACACUUUUCCCAGCAGCAGCAGCUGCAGUAGCAGCCCUGGUGUCAAGUCUCCUGAUGUCUCUCAGCGUCAGAGCAGUACCAGCGCCCCCAGCAGCUCUAUGACCUCACCCCAGUCCAGCCAGGCCUCUCGCCAGGAUGAGUGGGACCGUCCUCUAGACUACACCAAACCUAGCCGACUCCGAGAGGAAGAGCCUGAGGAGUCGGAGCCAGCAGCACACUCUUUUGCUUCUUCUGAAGCAGAUGAUCAGGAGGUGUCAGAAGAGAACUUUGAAGAGCGAAAGUACCCAGGGGAAGUCACCCUAACCAACUUUAAGCUGAAGUUUCUUUCCAAGGACAUAAAGAAGGAGCUUCUCACCUGUCCCACCCCCGGCUGUGACGGUAGUGGCCAUAUCACCGGGAACUAUGCCUCCCAUCGCAGCCUCUCUGGUUGCCCUCUUGCUGACAAGAGCCUCAGAAACCUCAUGGCUGCCCACUCUGCUGACCUCAAGUGCCCCACACCUGGCUGUGAUGGCUCUGGCCACAUAACAGGGAACUAUGCUUCACACCGGAGUUUGUCAGGCUGCCCACGUGCCAAGAAGAGUGGACUCAAGGUGGCGCCUACCAAGGAUGACAAGGAGGACCCCGAGUUGAUGAAGUGCCCAGUUCCAGGAUGUGUGGGGCUCGGCCACAUCAGCGGCAAAUAUGCCUCUCACAGGAGUGCUUCUGGCUGCCCACUGGCUGCUCGGAGGCAGAAAGAGGGAGCUCUCAAUGGUUCAUCUUUCUCAUGGAAGUCGCUGAAGAAUGAGGGCCCUACUUGCCCCACCCCAGGUUGUGACGGCUCUGGCCAUGCCAAUGGCAGUUUCCUCACUCACCGAAGUUUGUCCGGCUGUCCCAGAGCAACCUUUGCUGGAAAGAAAGGAAAACUCUCAGGGGAUGAGAUUCUCAGCCCAAAGUUCAAGACAAGUGAUGUGCUGGAGAAUGAUGAGGAGAUCAAGCAGCUAAAUCAGGAGAUACGAGACUUGAAUGAGUCCAACUUGGAAAUGGAGGCUGCCAUGGUGCAGCUGCAGUCUCAGAUAUCUUCCAUGGAGAAGAACCUGAAGAACAUCGAGGAGGAGAACAAGCUCAUUGAGGAGCAGAAUGAGGCCCUGUUUCUGGAAUUGUCUGGGCUUAGCCAGGCCCUCAUCCAAAGUCUUGCCAAUAUUCGCCUUCCACACCUGGAGCCAAUAUGUGAACAGAAUUUUGACGCCUAUGUGAACACCCUCACUGACAUGUACUCCAAUCAGGACUGCUACCAGAAUCCGGAGAACAAAGGCCUUCUGGAAACGAUCAAGCAAGCUGUGAGGGGCAUUCAGGUCUAGGCUGCACUGCACACAGGAGUCUCUGCUCUGAUCCUCACAGUGAGGACCCUGACUUAUAGCCACUUCUAAUUGGAAGCCUGGGUGCAGCCUUGGGCAGCUUACCCAAAGGGGAGCCUGGAAAUCAGUGUCUCCUAUGAUGUCCCCAUUAGGCCUAGGCAUAGAAGACCUCUCUAUGUGAGUGCCUGGGGACACUGAAGUAUUACAAAGCGAUUUAUUUUUGUUUUUUGUUUUGUUUUGUUUUAAAGAAGUCUGAAGAGCAGCUCAAAGUCUCCGGUGGAAACUCAUGGACAAGGUUCUCAGGGAAGUUUUGGAGUUUGCAGCCACAGUAUUCCAUUGUUUGUCAAGGUUGGGAGGGCAUCCAUGGACUAGACGGGUGUUAGUCUCAGCAGGAGGGCACGCCUAGGUUUCUGGCUAUGCUCACUGAGGCCCACGUGGCAAGUAUGUUUUGUGUUUUCAUUUAAUUCAAUUUUGUGUUAAAGGUGCACAAUACUUUGCUUCAGAGGUGAAUCUAGGAACAGGCUUCCCAGAUGGCAGUCUACACAGUUGAUGAACAUCAUAGAAAGCCAGCUGAAGGUUUUUUUAUUCAGUUGGAGGCCCUGAAAAAUCAGCCACUUAUUUGGGCAGCAGAUGCCUUUAGGCUGUGCAGACCUGCUUUCUCCGGGCUCCAGUCUUUAACCCCUGGCCUGGGCUCUAAGUCCAAGACCACUGGGCCAAACCUCUGGUUCCUGUACCUCUAUCCGGGUGCUGGACCCAUCAUUGUGUCUUUUCCUGUGUAGGUUUGCUCCUUGUAUCCAAGGUGACCACGGUGGGGACGGUGAGACCAGAGGUAAAUUGUUACGGGAGGCCACCAAGAUUUCACUUCUUUAUAGGUUCAUUUAAGAUGUGAAAAGGAUAAAUUUUAAUUUAAUGUGUUAAAAACACAAUGUUCUUACUGUGUAAAUAGAGUCCAAGUCAAUUGUGACUGCAAUUCCAAAUUAGUAUUUAAAAGUAGAGAAAUUGCACUUCCUGAAAGACACUGAAAGUAGUUAGUUUAUUCUGUAAAGUAUUUAAUUUUGUCAUGAUAUAAGUAUUUAUAUUCUUACCCUCUUAUGUUAAUGUUUGCUAUUUAUUAUUUUUAUUUAUUUAUUUUAUACUAUUUCAACUAGACUACACACUAGGGCACCAUAAGAGUUAAAUAAGUUAAAUUGAAACAAAAACAUUUAUUUGACUAUAAGAUAGGCCACGAAGAAUUGAUAUAACCUCUAGUUAUAAUUUUGAUGCAACUGAGUUAUUUUUUAUAUAUUUUGUUAUUUAUUCUUUUAAUAAUGGAAUUUUUUAAAAAAGUAUUUUGUAACUGAGGAAUUUUGAUAAUUUGGGUUUUUCUUCCCAUUGGUCCACCAGAGAGAAAGGUGUUUGGUUUUCUUUUUCCCAUUGGGUUCCUUUUGUCAGGCCAAUAACAGCAAAUGGAAUUCUGUAUUUAUUAUUAUUUAAGUGUAGUGCAGAUGUGUGUGCUCUGGUGUUUCUUGUGUUGCAUUUGUGGAGGUUCUUAUGGAUGAUUCAUGUUGCUGUGAGGGAGUGCUGGCCAUGGUCAGUUCUAGGCAAUGGACUCACUGGCCAACCUGCCCAGGAUCUUGAUACCCCAAUACUGUGACCCUCCUUCCUCAGGAAACACGUUGGACCCACAGUACCUCGUGGUGUGUUUGGAGGGUGAUUUCUAAUAAAAGUCUCACUGUGCAUA